UAGUUUUCUCUCCUAAACGAAGUAAUAAGAGCUCAUCUCCUGCAGAAAUCGAAACUGGAAACAAUGGGGAAAACCACAAAAACAAAAACUAAGAAGAAGCAAUCGAACGACACAGAUUCAGAAUCUUCACCAUCAUCAUCUCCUUCAUCUUCAAGCUCCGAAGAAUUAGAACACUCCUCAAAACGGCGGCGUCGUCGGCACCGCGACGACGGCGAUGAAGAUGACGAGAGGUGGAGUUCGAGGAGAGAGAAAUACAAGCGCAGGAAAAAAAGAGGAAGAGAGAGUCGCGAAAAAGAUAGUAGAGAGAGAAAGUAUCGCAAACAUAGCACAAGCAAACGGCGAUCGAGUAGAAGUUCGAAAAAGAAGGAUUCUGAUUCUGAUGAUGAAAGUGAGUUUGAUUCAUCGAGUGAUGAUUUUUCAGAAGCUGGUGAUGUUGUUAGAGAUUUGCUACAGGAAUUUCCUGGAGUUUCUGGUGAUCUUAAGCAGCUCUUACAAAUGAUUGAUGAUGGGCAAGCUGUUGACAUUAAAGGAAUAUCUGAAAAACCACUAAUGAAGCAUCUCGGGAAGCUGUUUGUUUCCUUAAACCUCAAGGAAAAAGGAGACAGAGUUUUCUUGCUACGGUCCAAGGCUCGUCCCACUUUGGAGGUUAUUGGUCCAGUGAUUGCUUCGCAUAGUGAAGCAUCUGAGCUGAAAAAAGGGGACAAUCUUCCGUCUCAGCCUGAUGGAGAUGUUGGAAAUAUUACUGAAGAUGUUCCUUCAGUGACUAUUGGUCCUAAUUUUGAAGCUUCUGCUCCUCGAAGGAGGGUGAUUGGCCCUGAGAUGCCUUCUGCUGAGUUACUUGCUGCUGCAGCCAAACUGACUGAAGCUGAGGCUGAGCUUAGGGAUGCCGAAUUGGAUGAUGAUGGUGGAACAUUUAUCGGGCCACCUCCUCCUGCUCUUGUCACUGAGGCUGAAUCAGCUAAUGAAGCGGAGCGUUUUGAAGAGGUUACAAGAAUAAUGGGAGUGGAGUCUGAUAAUCCUUAUGAUAUUGUUGGAGUAAACCACAAAAUGCCUGGUGAAAAUAUGAAGAAGAGGUACUGGAAACUGUCUCUCUUGGUGCAUCCUGACAAAUGUCCUCAUCCACAAGCUCACCAAGCAUUUAUUAAGCUGAACAAGGCUUUCAAAGAUCUGCAAGAUCCAGAUAAGAGAAAAGCAUUAGAUGAUACUAUUAAGAAAAAAGAAGAGGAAGAAGAAAUGAAGGCAGAACUAAAAUCAAUGCGAGAAGCCGCACUUUGGAGGCGGUCACAAGGCUUGGCUAUGGAAGGGGAUGAUGUGCUGCUCGCAGAGUCGGAUGUGAAAGCUCCACCAAAACGAGAUGAAUGGAUGACGACUCUACCCCCUGAAAGGAAGCCUGGUGGUAUGCCUACGCACUCUACAAAUUUCAGCAGAACUACUAAACAAGGGCGUGGCGAUACCAGUGCUUGGACGGACAGCCCUUUAGACCGGGCUCAGAAGGCAAAGAUGAAUUACAUAGAAGCCUAUAACGAGGCAUCGGCACUCGCCUCUAAUGAAGAAAACAAGAAAGCAUCAGCUGUUGAUGCUGAUUUGGUUGAUCAAUAUAAUAAGGCCAAGCGGUCGAAGUCCUUGGUAGAGAAGCACCAAGAAGAGGCUCAGAAAAGUCGUUCGAAAAAGAAAUCAAAGCAGGUGCAGCAGGCGGAGGAGGACGAAUGGACCGGGAAACACCCCUGGAAACCUUGGGACCGGGAGAAAGAUCUCUCAGCUGGGAGGCAGAAUGUUAAACUUGAUAAGGAGAAUUUGGGUCAGGGUUUAACCUCCAGAUUUUCUUCUGGGUCUUUUCAGAGAAGCUUUCUUUGAGAGAGAACUUACAAUUUUUGUUCAGUCUUAACGUUUAUCAGUUUACACUAUUCCCAUAAGACG